AGUUAAUUUGGAGAUCGCGGUUAAUCCCGGUUAGCGCUGUUGCUGCUGUAUCGUAAUGAUCGCCAUUACGAAACUAUGCGUGUUUUUAACACUUUGCAUUCAGUUUAAUAUUGCACAGAAUACAGGCUCGUGUACUUUGUUACCAUCAGCGAAAGUUGACUGUGGUUGGAGAGGCAUCCGCGGUCCAACAUGCGUCGCUAUUGGUUGCUGUUAUGAACGAAGCAACCAAAGAGGAAUCCCGUGGUGUUUCUAUAAGCAAGAUACCCCAAUUGAAGAACAAAUACCUAAACUAAGUCCACUCGAUGCGAAUCUAAUGCAACAUGGUUCUCCCCAAUGCCGCACGGUCGAAUAUACACGCAGAGAACGCUGCGGAACUCCCAACCAAUCACAAAUCGGAUGCGAGUCACGUGGUUGCUGCUACGACACGUCACAGACGAACUAUUAUUGGUGUUUUUACCCUUUAGAUUAUUUCAAUGUGAACGGUAAAGAUGUCACAACAUUCACUGGUUUUUCAUACCUUUCCCAACUUUGGAUUAAUUCUAUUUUCACAUCUAUUCAAUCACUGAUGACAUCACAAUUAUGGUGGGGGAGGAUUGAAUAUCAAAUCUUGCUUGGGCUGCGUUACAAUGUGCCUAAUGUUCAAACAGUUACAGUCACAAACAUUGACAACAACUUGGCCAUCAGUUACAAUAUAACUGUUGUAUCUCCAACCAACACCAAUAUAACAACAUCGAGCUUAAGGAACAGUUUCUCAUCUGCUAUGGCUCGGGAAAACCUUCGUGUGUUCAAUUAUAAGAUGUUUAUGGAUGCCCCACCUAAUAUUACAGAAUCUGCCACCUGUGUUGAUAGUUGCCACCCCUUAGCCACAUGCAAAGGUAUAGAAUGUCAAUGUUUUGCUGGCUAUGAAGGAGAUGGUGUAACAUCAUGUGUGGACAUUGAUGAAUGCUCAAACCCACAGCCCAACUGUACUUCAUGUAUUAACACACAAGGCAGUUACAACUGCGGGUGUGAUACUGGUUACAUCUUAAACAAUGGGGUUUGUGACGAUAUAAACGAAUGCACCGACAACAAUCACACUUGUGGUGGGUUAUCUACAUGUUUGAACCAGCCAGGGCGGUACUCGUGCCUAUGCCCUUCUGGUUACGAUCUGGUUUUAGAUGCAGGGGAAUAUCUAUGCGAGGAUAUCAAUGAUUGCAUGCAAGGUUUAAACAAAUGUGAAGAUCCAAGUGAGUGCGUCAAUGUACCUGGUUCAUAUGCUUGUGUGUGUCCAUUGGGAUUUAUACAAGAUACUAUGACAUCACCAUGCAUUGAUAUUGAUGAGUGUGAUGUCACUAAUGGAACUUUAUGUCCGAACAAUGCUGAUUGUGUGAACACAAUGGGGUCGUUCAUGUGCGACUGUGGGAUGGGUUUUAAAGGCAAUGGGUUGAAUGGAUGUGAAGAUAUUGAUGAAUGCACCAACACUGGUGUGUGUGAAGAGUAUGCCACAUGCAACAAUACAUAUGGUAGCUACCUAUGUGGGUGCGGGGUUGGCUUCUAUAAAGUGGGGGAGGAUUGUGUAGAUCUGGAAGAAUGCGAGGAGGGUUUACAUAAUUGCAGUGGAAACACAAGUUGUAUCAACACAGUCGGUUCGUUUAUUUGUUGGUGUCCUUAUGGUUAUAAUAUGGAUGGUUCCUCAUGUACUAACAACCAAUCAGAAAGCACCAUGUGUGAUCCUUUAUUUGGUGAACAAUGGAAUAAUUCAGCUGUGUUAUGUCAUGAUGAUGCAGAAUGUGUUUAUGACAUCAUAGAGAUGGUAUAUACAUGCAAAUGUGAAGAUGGCUACAUUGGUAACGGAACUUGGUGCGUUGAUGACGAUGAAUGCAACAACAACAUGCAUGCUUGCCAAGUAUACGCUGAAUGUGAGAAUGAAGAGGGUGGUUAUGAUUGUGAAUGCAUGGAUGGAUACAAGGGUGAUGGUUAUACUUGUGAGGACAUAAAUGAAUGUGAAGCAAUGAUGGGAAUCUGCCAACCUAACACUCGGUGCAGGAACUUGGUUGGAAAUUAUUCGUGUCCUUGUGUUGAGGGUUAUGUAGAAGUUGGGGGUGAAUGUCAAGCUCAACUACUAAUGAGAGGCACCGUAUUACUGAAUCCUGCAUUCACAUUCACACAAAGCCUGGCCAAUCCAGACAGCCCAGAAUUCCAAGACCUUGCUUUAAGUCUUGAGAUAAAACUUGCUGAGCUAUAUGAUGUCAUACAGGGCAUUGUGACCAAAGUUGCUGUGGUUGGAUUUAUGAAUGGGAGUGUUAUAGUGGACCAUGUUAUAUAUAUCAUUGGGGAAACCAACAUUACAGUAGACCAGUUCAAUGCUUCUAUGAACACUGCGAUAAAUGAUGGAAGAACUGACUUCGUUUCUCAAGGAUUUUUGAAGCUUGAAAUCAUAGAAGCUGAUGAUGUGAGGGCUUUGCUUAAUAAGAACAAAAGUCUGGAAAUCAUACCUGGUGUAAUGGGGGAUUCUAAAGUGGAGUAUAUGAGAAAAAGAUUCAAGUCAUAUACAAUCAUAAAUCCCAAUGUUACGAGGUGGUAUAGUAAAAGGUACAAUGAUACAUUGAACGUAACAGAAUCUGCUGCUAUGGAAUUAUAUUCAAAGCUGGAAAGAGACUUGUAUAAUGGAUAUUCAUACAGAUUCCCUUAUGUUGAUGAUGUCACAGUGCACAGUGUGACAUCAUUGAACCAACAUAUGGUGGAUUUAAAUGAAGUCAAUAUGAGUCGUAACGGAAGUUCAAGGUUUGUGUAUGUAGGUAUGGUGGAGUUGAAGCCAAAUGUGGGGUUUGUUUCACUGACGGAAUAUAAAUCCCUAGUUAUCUCAGUACAAGGAAGAUUGAGAGAUGGUUAUAUGUUUGCAUUGAAGCGUUUGAGAGAAGCGGGAAAAAGUGGGGAAGAAGGCACAAAGAAAAAAGAGAAAAAGGAGGUUGAAAAAGAUGAUGAUGAUGAAUAUGAAAAGAAAAAAGCUGAAAAAGAGAACCAAAACAAAGAAGGGGAUAAUUCGAGAAAAAGGGAAGAAGAUAAAAAGAGAUCAGAAGAAAAAGGCCCAAAAGAAGAUGAGGAAGAUAUGCUUGAUGUGUUCGUUCAAGUGUUAAGUAUUGAACUAAAGAAUCAAUCCAUGGGUGUCAACUCAACAUUAACAGUGCAUCAUAUAGUUCUAGUGGAUCUGCCAGGCUUGGAGACUAACUGUGAACUUAAUGCAACAAAUAUGAAUUAUAGUUACAAUGUUGGUAAUGACACUGGUUGCUCAAAACUUAACAAUAGCGAAUUACAAAUGGAGAAGUUCAAUCCAUCUGUCUUGGUGCUAAGUUUUGUUACAUGGUACCUUGGUAAAGAUGAUAAUAUGUUCAAUGGUGUCCCAGUGUUUAAACCAUUGUCACUUCCACCUCCAGUUGAGAGUAUAAUGAUCCCGGGACCAUCUGAUGAUGAUGUCAUUGACCUUAGAACGCCACUACUAGUUGCGGAACAUACUGUGGAAAUACUGGGACCGGAGAAAUAUUUGGAAUCGAUUGACGAAGGAAAACUGUCCCGGAGUUUACAAGAAUAUGUCGCUACUAAUCAGUCAUUAAACGUUGGGUAUAUAGACACCCCUGUUUAUAUUGGAAUAGUAGAUUCCUAUGAAAUGUCAGAAGAAAAUGAAGAACCAGAAGAAAUGUAUGAAAAGUUUGAGUAUAAAGCUCAUGUGUUAGUGUAUAUAUUACCUUCUGCCAAUACAGUUGAAGAAUUUAACCUUGGAAAGCUUGGUUACAAAGUUUUGGUUCAAACCUUCAUUGCAAAUGUGAAAAAAGUAUAUGAGGAGCUGUUUAGUGAUGAUUAUCCAACUGUAAAAGUUGAUCAGCCUUAUACUGUUGUGCGUAAAGUGUCUGCAAUGGUUGGUGAGGUACGGAGACCAACACAAGAUGAAAUACUAAUGAUGAAUAUAACAAAGUUGAGUUAUAACAUGAGUUGGGUUGUGGAGCAUAAGGUUAAACUUGCAGGUGUUGGUUUGGUGGGUUGGAAUGCUGGAAAUAUUAGUACUGCCUUCAAUAAAGCUGUUAUGGUAACCCCAUUUGUUGGGUUGAAAGUGGAUUCGGAUUUAUGGAACAUUUCUAUUGAAAUCGCUGAAAGAAAUGAUGAGUUUUAUGAAGAAGGUUGGAUGGGGUGUCAUUCAACUAAAGGUGCUGUGCUCAACUUUACAAUGGAAGCCCAGGAUGCCAUGAGUUGUGGUGAUCUACAUAUCUGCUUUGAGGAAGUCUACAACAGCUCAAUGUAUGGCUGUCAGUGCAAGUAUGGCUAUGUUGGGAAUGGCAGUUUCUGCUAUGAUGAAAAUGAAUGCGAAACUGACACACAUGGUUGCCAUGCGUUUGCUGAAUGUGAGAAUGAGGAGGGUGGUUAUGAUUGUGAAUGCAUGGAUGGAUACAAGGGUGAUGGUUAUACUUGUGAGGAUAUAAACGAAUGUGAUAAUAACACAUGUCCUCCCAAUGCUACAUGUAUGAACACAAUGGGAGGAUUCAAAUGCAUAUGUGGUGAGGUGGGAAGUGAGGCCAGUUGUACAGGUAAUAUGACAGAGACCUCUUAUUUCUAUGGGAUGAUCGAACUUAAUUCAACAUUCAAAUUCAACAACAAAUUAUUGAACACAAGCUCUUCUGACUUUACUGACAUGGCGCAGUUUAUUGGGGACGAACUUUCAACUUAUUUUGGUCAAAACACCGGCUUUAAUAUGACGGCUACUGUGUUUGGAUUUAUGAAUGGAAGUGAACUCAUAACAGCUCAGUAUGUUGUGGAUAUAGAAGGUCAAGGUCAUAAGAUUGUGAGUACAGGCAUGUUACUAAGUUCCUUCUUUGCUUCAAUGUCUAUGAGGAAUCUAUCCCGAGAUGGUUUCACUUUUGGAGGUUUUCCAUUCAAGUUGAAGAGGAUUGGAUGGGUAGAUGUGAGGAUGUUGCUCCCUAAGGAGGACUCAUAUGAUAAAGAAGAAGAUGUGUUUAAAAUCAAGUUCUCUUCCUACAUACAGUUAAACACUGCAUUAUCUCAAAGAUAUAAUAAGCUUGGAGGGAAUAUUCUUAAGGAAGAUUCACCAGCUUUCAAAGAGCUAGCUGGUAAAUUGAAACGGGAUCUUUUUAAAACAUACUCGUUUAAAAUUCCAAUGGUUAAAGAUAUAGAAGUAGAAAAAAUUGUACCAGAGGCAGAUAUUACUUUGGAUCUGAAUGAUUCAAACUUGUUUAACAGUUCAAGGGCUUUGGUUUUCAAAGGGAAAGUUUUCUUAUCUGGGAAUGUGAGCCUUGGAUCUAUAAGUGAAGUUAAUAUGAUAAAGUUGAGAACUUCAGUGGAAUCAGAACUUGGAAGAGCUUUCAUGCCAAGGUUAGGAAAUAAGGGAGUGAACAACAGUGUUGGAAGAUCUGAGAAGAAAGAAGACAGAAAUGGGAGUUAUAACAUUGGGAAUGGCACUUACAUGUACAUGAGAGGUGACUAUGAUGGUGGGGAUGAUAUUGUAAGUGUGAGUGUUACUGAGAUAAGAGAGGCAACAUUGCUUGAAAGAAGAUAUCCUGAAAACAUGGUCAAUUCGAACAUAACUGCCGAAUAUGUUGUUGUUAUUCUAUUACCAAAAACACCACAAUGCAAAGACAUGAAGUAUGGGGAGAUGAAUAUGAAAUGGGAAUGUAAUGAAAGAAUGAAUCUGAUUUGGAAUCUUCAUAAUCUUGAUGGAACUAACCUAACGGAAAGUUUUAAAAUUUCCUCCGUGCUUGGAGCAUUUGAACAUGAUGGUGUAUUCGGUGGAUUUCCCUAUGAUGUCAUGAAAGUGACCUCACCAAUGCCAAGAAAAGUUUAUUUGAAUAGAGCUGCAAAGAUUGGGAGUUCUACUAUGGGUGGGCCAUUAAUGGUGUCGUAUAACGUUUAUUUAUCAUCAAAAGUCAUGCCUGAUGUUGCAGUGAAUGAAGCUUACUUGGUUGCAAAGUUUUUAGAAGCAAUUACAGAUCCUGCAUUGAAUGUUUCAACUUUUGCUUUCAAAAGGUUCCCAGUUGGUAUUACUAUUAAGAAGUCAAACUAUAGAGCUGUGUACAAUAACUCCAACUGGACCAUGGACACUACAUCAUUAGAGUUUGAUGUAUGGAGUCAAUUGCUUUCAAUGCUGGCCAAAUACAAUGUCACAUUGCCUCCUUCAAUUACCAGUGCUGCACAAAUACCGACAAGUGCAUCAUCAGUGCUUGAGCUAGAUAGAGCAUUGGCAACACUGGUGGACCUACGUGGUCUGGAUCUACCAGAUGCAAUUGAUUCAGUAUUGAACAUAUAUGCACUACCACAACCCACCAAGUCCAUUCUAUCAGCUAUUCUAAGCACACCAGGUCAAUUAGAGGUGUUUGGUAUGAAACCAAGUGUUGUAGAAAUUGUUAAAACUGCUUUGUUUUUUUGA